GAGGAGAGACUUCCUCACGUAGACGUGUAGGAGAAGUGUCAGGGAGGUAAAAUGUGCGAACACUUCGGCUCUCUCGGUUCGGUAACGAGCGCGUCCGAAACUCUCCUCCCUCUCCUUCCUGCACGAGGCUGAUGUGAACAGCACGUUGGCUCCUCGUCUGACGCUUCGUCCAAGAACCUCGCAGAUCCUCAAUCGUGACGGCUCCGUCCCUCCUCACAGUCCUGUUUAAGAUUCCGCAGCUGACAAGACGGAGCUGCUUUUGCCCUCCGCCACUGCUACCGCAUCUUUCCCUUUCUCCUGACUUUUCUUUCCCUGGGAAACAAAACAAAAACGGGGAACUGGCUUUAAUUCUUUCGGAUUCAAUCAAGUUUGAUCGUAAGAGGAGUUUAUAAUGACAGCCACCAAGGAGCAGCCGAACCAGAGACAGAAUCAGCCGCAGCAGGAUGAGGACCUUGGCGGGGUGAGUCCUCCUCAGAGGAACUGGAAAGGAAUUGCUAUCGCUCUGCUGGUCAUCCUGGUGGUCUGCUCCCUCAUCACCAUGUCUGUCAUCGUCCUCACACCAGCUGACAGCCAGACCGGAAGCGACACCAAACUGAUGGUGGAGGAUCUGUUCAAACCAGAGUUCCAAGUCCACGACCCCGAGGCCAAAUGGAUUAACGACUCUGAAGUCAUCUACAGAAACACUGACGGUCACGUCAUCAGGUUCAACAUCCUCACAAACGAGACCGAGAUCGUCCUGACAAACACAACGUUUGUCAAUUUCAACGUGGACAAAUAUUCUGUCUCCCCGGAUCUGAAGUAUGUUCUCUUCGCUUACGAUGUCAAACAGGUUUACCGGCACUCCUACAUGGCCUCCUACACAAUCUACAACAUUCACACACGGGAGGUUUGGGAGCUGGACCCACCUGAGGUGGUGAACUCGGUCCUGCAAUACGCUGCCUGGGGAGUUCAAGGACAACAACUGAUCUACAUCUUUGAAAAUAACAUCUACUACCAAUCCGAUGUGAAGAGUAACUCCCUCAGGCUGACGUCUUCAGGGAAGGAAGGGAUCAUCUUCAACGGGAUAGCAGACUGGCUCUAUGAAGAGGAGAUCCUUCAGACCCAUGUGGCUCACUGGUGGUCACCUGACGGAGAACGGCUGGCCUUCCUGGUCCUCAAUGACAGUCUGGUUCCCAACAUGGCUUUACCUCGCUUCACUGGCAUGACAUACCCCAAAGGAAAGCAGUAUCCAUACCCCAAGGCAGGCCAACCCAACCCGGUGGUGAAGCUCUUUGUGGUUAAUCUUUACGGGCCGACGCACACGCUGGAGCUAAUGCCUCCAGAGACGCUCAAACUACGGGAACAUUAUGUGACCAUGGUGAAGUGGAUCAGCAAGACCAAGACAGCUGUCAGGUGGUUGAACCGAGCCCAGAACAUCUCCUUCCUGACGGUGUGCGACACCACCACGGGAGCCUGCGUCACGAGACAUGAAGAAAGCUCAGAGCUCUGGCUCUCCAAGCAGACCCAAGAACCGGUGUUCUCCAAAGACAGCAGCAGAUUCUUCCUGACCGUGCCAGUCAAACAGGGAGGACGUGGAGAGUUUCAUCACAUCGCCAUGUUCACAACACAGUUCAGAGCAGAUCAGAAUGAAGUCCGACAUCUGACAUCAGGGAACUGGGAAGUGACCAAGAUCAUCGCUUACGACGAAAACACUGACAACCUAUAUUUUCUGAGCACAGAGGGUUCACCGAGACGAAGACAACUUUACAGUGUUAAAACUGUGGGUCUGUUCCCACGUCGGUGUUUGACGUGUGAGCUGAAUAAAGCUCACUGUCUGUACUUUGAUGCCGACAUCAGCCCAACGAACCAGCACGUCAUCCUCCACUGUAAAGGUCCCGGAGCACCGACUGUAAUUUUACACAGCCUGAAUAACUCCAAUUACUACAUCCUUCAGAACAACUCUUUACUGAAGGCGGCCCUGAAGUACAAACGGAUCCAGCUGGCUGACUUCAGAACGGUUCCCAUGGAGCACUUUGAUUUACCUUUGAAGAUCUCCUACCCUCCAGACUUCUCUGAAUCCCGUCACUAUGGACUUCUGUUGGUGCUUGACAGCGCCCCCGGUGGUCAGGCUGUGAGUGACCGUUUCUCUAUCAGCUGGGACGCGGUGUUGGUCAGCUCGGACAACAUCAUCGUGGCUCGUCUGGACGGACGGGGCAGCGGCUUCCAGGGUCAGAGGAUCCUGCACGAGGUCCACCAGAGACUGGGAACUGUUGAUGUCCAGGACCAGAUCGCUGCAGUGGAAUACAUGAUGAAAUUUCCAUAUAUCGAUCGGACAAGGAUAGCAGUAUUUGGAAAGGGUUACGGAGCGUACUUAACCUUAAUGAUGCUCCGGUCUACCGACAGCCUCUUCAAAUGUGCCUGUGCAAUGUCACCAGUGACAGACUGGAAACUCUAUGCAUCGGCGUUCUCGGAGAGAUACCUCGGCAUGCCAUUACGGGAUGACAGCAGAUAUCAGUUUUCCAGCGCGCUGCAGAACACUCAGGCUCUGAGGGAACAGACGCUGAUGCUGGUGCACGGCACAGCUGACGCCAACAUCCACUUUCAGCACACUGCUGAGCUCGUCAAGAACCUUGUGAAAGUCGGAGCAAACUAUUCCAUGCAGAUCUAUCCAGACGAGGGCCAUUUUCUGUCCCAGCAGAGCCGCCUGCACCUCUACUCCACGCUGACCAGCUUCUACAGGGAUUGUCUGAAGGAGGAGUUAUUACCACUGCCCGACGAAGAAGAGGAGGAGGAGGAGUAGGCGGGAGACUUGGAGGGUCAGACCUUUGGCACAGCUUGAAAAGUUUAGCUGAAAUCCGUCAAGGCCUUUAGUGUUUGGACCAAGUGUUUAGCCGGACAUUGACACUGGGUUAGAGCUGCUAAUGCUCUCCAAGUGUGUGUGCCUGUGUGUGUGCCUGUGUGUGUGUGUGUGUGUGUGUGUGUGUAUGUAUGUAUGUAUGAGCGUGUGACUGUGUAUAAAUGUGAGAUAACUGACGGACACAACAGAGAGACUUGCCGGGACUGGAGCUGGGAGCUGCCCUCUAGCAUAAAGUCAUUUCAGUUUUGGGACGCUCCAUUUCUCAGCAGAGCGUGUGGAGGACUGCCUCCAUCUUCUCUCUGCAGACUUCUUCAAGUUGUCGUCAUCAACACUUUUACCAAGUGCAUGGUUCUUUUUUCCCCCCCUCUCGGCUUCACUCAUUUUGCCAUGUUAGUCUCCUUUGGGAAGAAAAGAACACAGAAGUACACGUUUGCUCUCACCUCUCCUUUGGUUGUUGUAUCGUCGCACAAGGAGAACCUGCAAAAAAAAGUCUAGUCACCGAGUUCACCACAACCGAUCCUGAAAAAGUGCUAUCCUGCUGAAACCUCCCCGCCAUUACCCACCUUAAAUGAAAACCGUCUUUUUAGAGGUCACACUUUAUUGUACAGGGGUCUUGUGUAGACAUGUACAAUGCCUUAUGAGGUGCAACAUACUGUAAUAUUACCUGCUGGCAGUGGUAGUCAUCCAUUAGCGGUGUCAUGCUAACCUUUGUCAACUCAGGUUGUCGAGACACAACAUUGCAGUCAGUUAAGUAUCUGAAACACUACGUCAGCUGUCUGCUUAGGUUAAGUUAUGAAUUCUCUGUGGAGGUAAAGAAUCUGAUGCAACAUUUAGUAGUUUCCUUAAAAGACAAAGAGAAAUCUCAAAUAACGGUGUGAGACGAUCUUUCAGUGCAUCUCCACCUCAUUCAUGAAGUGAAGAGACGUGUUCCUUAUUUCUGGAUAUUCUCUUGUUUCAUGAAAAGAGUAUGUACAUGCAAUGGAUGUUUAAAGGGAUAGUUCAGAUUUUCUAAAGUGGGGUUGUAUGAGAAACUUGUAAAAAGACAGUAUAUAACCGACAGUAGAUGGUCAGCACGGCCCUGUUUAGAAAAGUCCGCUGUAGCACCAUUAUCGAAAGCUUUGCCAUUUACCGCUAUGGACGAGGUGUUGAUCUCGUCAAUGCAGUGUAGCAAAUCAAAGCAACCACACCACACAAUUUCAAUAUCAGUCUGAGUGUUAACUAUAUAAUUGAUAUUUCCAGAUCAUCACCAUUGCCUUUGGGCAGCCCUCUCCUUUGACUCUUAAGGCCCUAACACACCAAGCAGACGGCAAAAACAACUAAUGUCGACAAAUGCUGACUGUGGGGUUGCCUCAUGUCGCCUUUGUCUUGGCCAAAAAGUUGCACUAGAACACACCGCAAAGACUGCAGCCGAUGGCCAACCACCACGUACGC